AUGCGUACGAUCGAUACCGUAUUUGUUUUUCUGUAUAUUUUCUACCCAAAUUGGGUAUCCGGCAGUGAAGACGAAUACCGACUGAUUCAAGAUCUUCGUACCAAUUACGAUCCUAUCGAACGACCGGUUCGAAAUCAUUCGGAGGCGAUUCGAGUGAAUCUCCGAAUUCUCCUCCAGCAACUCGUCGAUGUGAGAUCUGUUUCCGGAAUGGAUGAGACAAUGAGGAAUGCG